UUGGGUGGAAGCUUUAGCGUGGGUGUAGAAACCCACGCCUACGGUGUGUGUGUGUGUGUGUGUGUGUUGUGUUUUCUUUCUUUCUUUGUGGUACCUAUAUGCGCGCUGUGCUUUCUGCGUGUUUGGAGCUAUGGCGCCGUGACGAGGAGGUUAAAGCGAUCGAUCGAUCCAGGCGAACGCAGCGAUCCAUUGAUCGGCGCAUUGGACCGCGGAUUGGAAUUCGUCGGCGCUAAUGCUGGAGGCGGACAGCGGCCCACCGGGCUUGUUUCCUCCCGGCUGCUUUGCUCCUCACAGCGGGGACGAGAGCGGGGAGGAGGAGGAGCUCUCGGUUCUUCCCCGGCACACCAAGGUCAUUGUGACUGGAAACAACCGCACGAAAUCCGUGCUCGUCGGGCUACACGGCAUCGUGAAGAAGGCCGUGGGACUUGGCGGCUGGCAUUGGCUGGUCCUCACGAACGGGGCCGAAGUAAAACUCCAGCGCAAUGCGCUGAGCGUGAUCGAAGCGCCCACUGGACAGGAAGAAGACGACGAUAUCGACAACCCAUUCUCGAAUGAAACAACACCCGAUGAUUUCCCAAGAACAUUCAAGCCCAGAGUCCGGCCCCAAAAGCCCGCGGCGCACGAGAUCACGCGCAUGGCCGAUGAAUCCAAGCGCAGCUCGGAGAGACGGUGCGAAUUCGGCCUCAAGACGUCCCAGUCGCAAUGUGUGCCGGUUGUGGACCUUGGUAAACUCGAUACGGCAGCGCUAAGGAGAUAUCGGCGACACUUCAAGCUCUUUGAUGUAGGCCCGAAUUCCUCGAAAGAACAGCUACUGCAAGCAGUGUCAAGGCACUUCGUGGGACAACAACUGGACGAGCUGCAGGUGAUCACAGGAUUUGUGCAAGCUGCAAAACGGCCGCGAAUGUGAGCUGCGCUGUGCUGCCGCUGCUCCCUGCUGCUAGGCUGCUACCUUCGACGAGAGACGAAGAUUUGCGCGACCAAACUUUUGCCAGGCAUAAAAACUUGUAAGAUAUCUACAACCCUCCCCCGUCCUCUUUUUUCCUCGUUUUUUUUUCUCCUCCGUCCUCCUUUCCUUGUUCUGGUCGUCACUGUCCCAUUCCUAGUAAUUCUCGUAUGGGAGAAACGCUGCUGCCGCUGGCUCUUCUGUCCCCUUGCUUCUCGCUCGCCUCGCCUGAUCGCCUGAUCGCCUUCCCCCCUAUAACUUAUGCUCUUGUUCGCCACGGGGGGUGCUUAACUUCUAACCAAAUGUGUCUAAACUGUACAGAGGUGCCAGAAAAGAAUGAGAAAAAAAAAGAAAUUUCUAAA